CACUGUUUAGCAUUACAAUUGGGGUGUGUUUGUGUGAAACAAAAAUAGCUUUUGUUUGGGCUCAAUCAAAGAGACUUCAUUCAAUCAUGUCCGAUUGAUGCAUUUCAAUCGCAAGUGCACAAUCGAACCGAGUGCAAGUUUGAUUUGCCGUGAAAAAACGUUAUUUAAGAUAUUACCAUAAUAUCCAUCCAAUUUCGCCGACAUAUCGCCAACAAAGGAGCAACAAUGACUACACUGGAACUUGCCGCAGAAUCAUAUUUUUCGUCAAUAAAUCCAAUUGCUGCGAAAAUAAAAGCCGACAUCGAUGAAAUAUCAUCGAACUACGAGCACCUCUGGUAUGAAUUUAAGCCUCAAGAACGAAACGAUGUAAUUAACGAACAACUCAUAAAACCCGACUUAAUACUCAAGUAUAUUGAGUGUACGCCAUCAUCGGUAAAAUCCCGAUCACCAGACCAUGGUACCCCUUCGAAGGGUUAUCUAUAUGAUGGACGAAAUCUGUCUACUUUUGCAAAGAUCAAAACCGGAUUGAAGAAGAACCACGACGAUGUCAGUGGCGUUAGUGUAAGAGACGAACAUUCGGCACCGUUCUCGAUGAAAACAAAGAGUCAAAUCAAUUUGAAUAUAUUUGGUUUGGCGGAUCAAGAUGUGGUCGACGGUCCAGAGAGAAAACAUCAAAUUUCAAAAAUGAAACUACCACCACCCCCACCGCCCAAUGUCAAUAAACGAAAUUCCAGCAAUGACUGCGAAGCAACUUCCAUUCAGCAGAUCAAUGUUGCAUUUGGUGAUAGCUGUAACCUGACGAACAAGAACUUUUUGUCCAAAUUUAUGAACUUCAAUGGAUCAACGGGCUCGGCGGGCAAGACGAGUCAAGAGAGUGAAUAUCAAUUCGUGAGCAGCAUGGAACCAUCUAAUUCAUUGACAUCGGAAGAGGACAACAAUGUGGAGGAGUUUAGUACUUUGCUGAAGGCAUCAGAACUGAAGAAAACCUAUGACUUCCUGCAAAAUUGGUAGAAUAUAUUGGUAAAUUGGUUGCAAAAGAACUAAAAAAGAGCACUGUAACAUUGACACCGGUUUUUAGAUACUAGUCCUAAGUCAAACUGUAACAUUAUUCGCCUUUCACAGUCAUCUGUUAUCGACAAAGACGACAAAAAAUAGCUCUUGCUAAUGUGAUUUUAUAGUAGUAAAAUGAUGCAAAAGAUUUUGCUUCAGACUGUUGAAAAUGCUUAGAUCAAAGGAAGUAACAGACUCGAUAGAAUUAUAAAGAAUUAUACUGGUAAUUGCUGUCUGUGAAAGGUUUAUUAACGUCGUCGACUACUUUUUUUUUGAACUGGAAUUGAUAUUUUAUAAGUUUUUUCGUUAAUAGUAUAUAUUAAACACAUUGAUUUGUCAUAAACGCAAUGUAUCCCCGACAA